GACAGUAUAAAUAAGCACCGCGUCUUAGCCAAGCCGCACCAGUUUUAGGAUCCUGGUCAACUAGACCAGUUCUUACUGUCUUCAGAACUCAUUUCUGUAUUUUGAAGCUUAAAAGACAAAAAAAAACUUUAAAAAAAGUUUUUUUGGUUUUUUUUUAAAGUACCCCCUUGGCCAUUCUGGUCAACUGGUAUGCAAGAACUCCUGAAAACCCUGAUCCUAUUCUCCGCAAGGGUACUGGUCAUCCGAUUAAAGCACCGACUCCACCGGCAUCACAACACGGUUAGGUAUAAGAACAAACAGAGGCGGCACAGCAGAGAGUAGAAGUGUCUGAUUUUUAAACCCUGAACGUUUUUUGUUCUAAACUAAGGUAAAGCCAACACCAUUGCAGAAGAUGGUGUCACUUCUCAACACCUCAUCAAACAGCACCUUCAUGGAUGUCAUCAACUUCACCCUUGGGUUCGCACCCGACGCCUCCGACCUCGUUGCCCUGGGCAACGAGACGACUCCGGCCGGCGCGAAUGGCACCGGAAACUGGUCGGCGUGUGAGGACUGCAGUUCGGACCUGGCACCAGAACAUUUUCUUGACCAAGUGUAUCUGCUGACCUUUGGAAUCAUGAUCGUCUUUAUGGAUCUUGGAUUCGGCUUGGUCGAAGCGGGAAGUGUUCGAAGCAAAAACACGACUCACAUUUUGAUCAAAAACAUCCUGGACUCAUUCACCGCCGGCAUUGCCUACUGGCUGAUUGGCUACGCCCUGGCCUUUGGCAAAGGCAACGAGUUCAUUGGCUGGCACAACUGGGCCAUGCAUGACCUUCACGAUUCCAAGGUCGCCUUCUUCUUCUACCAGGCCAUGUUCGCCUCCACCGCCACGACCAUCGUCGCUGGCGCUGUGUCUGAGAGGUGUGAGUUCAAAGCCUACCUCAUCUACAGCUUCUUCCUCACAGCCUUCAUCUACCCUGUGGUCACCCACUGGGGGUGGACUACCCAGGGCUGGCUGUAUCAGGGAUAUGACUUUGAGAUCGGCGGUCUGAUGGAGACCAUUCGAUAUGAGGACUACGGUGGCACUGGACUAGUCCAUCUUGUUGGAGGGACGUCAGCCUUUGUCGCUACGUUUUUCCUUGGACCCCGCAUUGGAAGAUUCCAUAAAGAAACGGGAACAGCUGUCACAAUCAGGGGACAUUCUAUUGCCCUUGCCACUCUGGGCAUCUUCGUGCUCCUGUUUGGGUUCAUGGCCUUCAACGCCGCCUCCCAACUCCACAUCACCCAGCCAGGGGACGCUAGUAUCAUCAGCAUGGCGGUCUUCAACACGCUUAUCUCCGCUAGUGUUGGAGGAUUUGUCGCCCUUGUCACACACAGAUGCGGGCUUUUUGGGAACACUUGGAACAUUUUGGCUGUCAUUAAUGGAGCUUUUGUCGGACUGGUCUCUGUCUGUGGCGCCUGUAACGUUUUGCGCCCCUGGGGUGCGGCCAUCAACGGCGCCGUAGCAAGUUUUAUCAUGAAGGGUCUGGAGAUCGCCAUGGUGAGGAUGGAGAUCGACGACCCUCUGAACGCUGUUGGGAUCCACUUUGGAGGCGGAGUGUGGGGCACCAUCGCUGUGGCGGUCCUCAAGUACGAGUCUGGUGUUCUUAUGGCCUGGGACAAACGCUCAGCCGCUCAACUUGCUUGGCAGCUGGUGGCUAUCUCAUCCAUCAUCGUCUGGAGUGCAGGUCUGGGGUUCAUCUUGUUCGGGACUCUCAAGCUCGUUGGGAUUUUCAGAGUUUCGGAGGAAGUGGAGAGAAAAGGACUCGACAUUGCACGUCACGACCAACCAGCCUAUCCGUGUGAAGCUUACGGACAUGGUCACGUGGAGAAGUUGAAAACGAUUGGUCUGGACGGAAAGCUUACAACAAUCGAGCAAGGAUACACGAACAAAGGAUUCGCCUUUGACGAUGGUAAAUCAGCGCGACUGGAGGCAAAAGAGGCGGGCAUGCACAAGGUGCCUUCCAUUCAGUUCAUCAGCGAGAUGGUCGAGCAGCCAGCCAGACACCUGUCUGCCCUGGACAGGCUGAAGGAGAUGGUUCGAACCUCCAUCAGACGAGACAGGACGCCCAGCUCCCAGCCCCAGGCAGAAGGCGGCAACAUGGUCAAGGUCCAUUCCGUUGGCGUGGAUAUUUCAACUCUGUAGGUCAAAGCUCGGAGGUCACGUCAUUGCGAUGAUAAAGAACACCACGCGAAUAUGUAUUCAUUCAGACUAAAAUUAAUUUUUUUUUUGCACUUUACAUUUUCAGCAUUAUUUUAAGAUUUUGUUUGUAUUUUAUUAUUCGAGUCUGUAAAAAUAAAAAAGCUAAAACCAUACUGAAUUAUUUAACCAACAAAACGUGCAUCUGUCUUUGAGUCAAGUCUUUAUUAUUAUUAUUUUUUUUUUUUGCAAAGCCCAGACAUUUUUUGUUUUCAAUAUUCGAGGAAAAAAAAGACUUCUGUGUCUUUCGACCAAGAAUUGUGUAUGUAAAUAUGUAAGAAAAUAUUCAGCCAAGUUUUGUAACAUGUAGCCCAUUGUUAGUGCUGACUUUGGUGUUGUUUUUUUUAUUCUUAUUUUUCUCUUUAUUCUAGUAACAUUUGUCUCUCGUUAACUAAAUGUUUAUAAAAACUAAAGAAUAACGGUUGUAAUAGCAAUAUAUAUAUAUAUAUAUAUAUAUAUAUAUAUAUAUAUAUAUAUAUAUAUAUUAAAAUUAUUACAUUUUGAAUUGUUACUGCUGUAUUUUAAAAUAUAUAACUAAUUUGUUAAUAACCAUUCCCGUGACUUGGCAAUAUAUAAUUAUUCCCAAAUUGAUUCUAUGGUUGUUUAGAAAACUAGAGCUUUGUAAGACAUCGGUCAUAUUUUACAAAUAUACACAUUUUUAAAUUUACAAUAUAGUUUUUUAAUGUGAUGAUUGUAAUGAAUUGUUUAAACUAUUUAACAAUACAGUAAUAAUUAAUGUGUUUGAUUGGAACGGUUGCACGACGGCUGGAUAAAGUACGAUACAUUUUUGUGUGAUCAAAUAAAACAUAUUAAACAAGAA